GCAGCUAAAUUGAAAACUUAUUUGCUGCAUUCAGAUCACUGGAAUUUCUGUAUAGCAGCCACGGCGUAGACAGAUCUGUGCUACCAACAAUCGAAUCAAAGGAAAACCGCCUCGGUUUGCAGAGUAGAACCGACUCCUGCUGCUACCACCAUGGAUGAUUUAGAUGCUUUGCUGGCGGACUUGGAGUCGACAACCUCCCACAUCUCCAAGCGGCCGGUGUUUCUGCCGGACGAGACGCCCUACUCUUUCCCCACGGGAGGACCGGACUCGUCCCCCCCUGUACCCCAACAUCCCUCUACUGAGGCCCUGAACGGAACCGCGCUCGACCCCCUAGAAUCCACCCGCUCAUCCACACAGUCCUACAGCAGUAGCUCCCCCCCCUUACCCCAAAGUGAAGACGACCACGUCUACAGCUUCCCCAACAAGCAAAAGAGUGCAGAGGCUGCCAUGAGCUCCUUCCUGGGCAGCAACUUGUCGGAGUUGGACCGGCUGCUUCUGGAGCUCAACGCUGUGCAACACAACACGCCCUCCUUCCCGACUGAGGAGGAGACAGCCCCGCCCCUCCCCUCUAGCAGCACCACCCACUAUGUGCAGGAGAACGGGGUUUCGGGGGCCGGCAAGGUGCCUCCCCCCACCAUGGAGAAGCCCAAGCGCAGCGUAGCCACCAGGGUCAUUGAAGACGUGCGCCCCAGCGUUGAGAGCCUUCUGGACGAGCUAGAAAGUUCUGUGCCCUCCCCCAUUCCCAUCCCCUUGGUGGAGUUUACGGAGGGGGAGGAGGAGACACCCUCCCAGCUGCAGGCCAGAAUCUCUGCCUCCUCCGCCACGAGGGAGCUCGACGAGCUCAUGGCCUCGCUGUCCGACUUCAAAGUCCAGAGCAAUAUUCUGGCCCAGGGGAAGAGCUUGCCCAAGGCUCCCCCCAAACAGGCCAACAAGCUGGACAACAUGCUGGGAAGCCUCCAGUCAGACCUCCAUAAACUGGGCGUCCAGACUGUGGCCAAGGGAGUGUGUGGGGCCUGCAACAAGCCCAUAGUUGGACAGGUGGUGACCGCCAUGGGGCGCACGUGGCACCCGGAGCACUUUGUGUGUACCCACUGUCAAGAGGAGAUUGGUUCCAGGAACUUCUUUGAGCGGGACGGAGCACCUUACUGUGAGAAGGACUACCACAACCUGUUCUCCCCACGCUGCCACUACUGUAACGGACCUAUCCUGGACAAAGUGGUGACUGCACUGGACAGGAACUGGCAUCCAGAACACUUCUUCUGUGCUCAGUGUGGAGCUUUCUUUGGUCCAGAGGGCUUCCAUGAGAAGGAUGGAAAGGCGUACUGUCGGAAGGACUACUUUGACAUGUUUGCACCCAAAUGUGGAGGCUGUGCCCGCGCCAUCCUGGAGAACUACAUAUCAGCCCUCAACUCCCUCUGGCACCCCGAGUGCUUCGUCUGCAGGGAGUGCUUCACCCCCUUUAUAAAUGGGAGCUUCUUUGAGCACGAGGGCCAGCCCUACUGCGAGGGCCACUACCACGAGCGCCGCGGCUCUCUCUGCUCGGGCUGUCAGAAGCCCAUCACGGGCCGCUGCAUCACAGCCAUGGCCAAGAAGUUCCACCCCGAGCACUUUGUCUGUGCCUUCUGCCUUAAGCAGCUCAAUAAGGGCACCUUCAAGGAGCAGAAUGACAAGCCAUACUGCCAGGGCUGCUUCAUCAAGCUCUUCAACUAGGGAGCUAACCCACUCCCCAGCCGUGUGUGUGUGUGUGUGUGUGUGUGUGUGUGUGUGUGUGUGUGUGUGUGUGUGUGUGUGUGUGUGUGUGUGUGUGUGUGUGUGUGUGUGUGUGUGUGUGUGUGUGUGUGUGUGUGUGUGUGUGUGUGUGUGUGUGUGUGUGUGUGUGUGUGUGCGUUUGUGUGUGCGUUUGUGCACAUUCGUGUGUGCAUGCUUUGUCCCAAUUCUCUACGGUUCAGCCCUAAGUGUGCACUUGCACCCUUCAUGAAUUUAAAAGGAAAUGACAGGUGUAUGACAUAUAGUGGAAACUCCAGCCCAUGCCUACACCAAUCCAAUGCUUUAAAAUGUGUGGGGAGGAGUACACAGGAAGAGAAUCGGGGACACGUGCGUGUCAAAAGGUGAAGGCGUGGAUAGAAGGCCGUCGGUGGCUAUGAUGAGAGGAAGCAGAGAGUUGUCCCUUACUGUGCAUGUAGCAGAGAUGAGACUGGCCAUUAGAAAAGCUCCCCUACAGUCACCUGGAGGUUACUGCAGACAGGAGUCAAUUUUCAACAGAGCCUUCAGGGCCGUGGGGUUGACAUUUCAAGAGUUCCAGAAAGCAUGAGGUUUAAAGCGAGCCCAAAGAGAUUUUUGUAAAUGUAAAACGAGCAAGAGAAGCCAUUUUUGUGUAAGAGGCGGUUUUAUGUUCUGUUCGAUUUAUUUUCCUGUCCUAAUAAUGGUAGACUGCGUUAUCAUGUGACCGACGUGUGGAGGUCAGGUUAUGGGGUCCUGGGAUGGGUUUAGACAGGUCUUCAGGCAGUACUUAGUACACAUAGAAUGUUGUCGACAUUCACUUGGCAGCGUUUUGCCUAUUAGUCCAAAAUAUGCAGUAUGUCGGUGCCAUUGCAAAUGCACACCUAUGAACUGUCUCUUGAUCUCAAACGCAAACACACACACAGAGACACACACUUUAUACUCUGAGAAGAGGAAAAGCUCUCGUCUCCUCUUUCCCUCCUCCCUUUCUCUUCACUUCUCUGUGAGACCAGUUCAAACACUUGGUGCUCACUCAACUCAAUCAUAGAGUCCUCUCUCUGUGGCCUUUUUGGGGUCAUUUUACAGCCUGGUAUGGUCACGAUAUCAGGGUCCUAUUUUUGUACACUUUUCCUAUGGAAAUGUUCAUAUACUAACAAGGACAGCUCAGCGGCAUAGAUUUAGUACAUCCGUUUUCCUUUUCCCUUUUUCCUUAAUUUGUCCAAUGGAACUGUACAAAACUCUCAAAUGCGUUUGUGCAAAACGAGACACGUUGUUCAGACACACAUACUCACACUCUUUCUCCAGAUUACUGCUCUUUUCGAUGUGCUAUGGACUCUCCGUUUAAAUUUUCUGUCGAUCAGACUUUGCGCGACCGAUCUCAUAUGAAUUCUCAUUCAUGUAAUCUGAUUUUAAAAGAAUGUGCAUUUGAAUGUUGUCUUUCCCUUGAUGUGGACAGAGGGUGGCGGUGUUUGGGUGAGUGUUGGCGACCUCUCAUCUCGGAGGCACUCUGCUCGUCCCUUACUUUCCAUCCGCUUUGGGUAGGGAGGCAGCUCUUAGCCUGGCAACCAAACUGAGCACAGUGUUCUUCAGUCUGGUGUGACCAGGCUAGGAUUCUCCCUUUCUAUAAGGAAACAGGACAAAAUACUAGAGCAUGUUGAUUUGAAACAACAUGUUAAUUGUGUGUAUUUGAUUUGCUACUGUAUUCGUCCACACAUUUAUCCAAGUCUUAAAAUGAAUAAUUCAGAGUGAAUGGGGAGUGCUUUUUUUGGGGCAAUGUUUUGUUGUACAUUUAGCUACUGACAAUGUGUGUGUUUUCCCUCAGAUACUUAAAAAGUAACUAAUACAGGGGUCCUUUUAAUGCACGGGGGGAGGAUUGGUUUUUAACCUCACUGCUUAUUGACUUAUUGAGCAACACAAAUUCUGCAAUACAAGUUGUGUAGAGGUUUUUGUCAGCAUUUUCUGCAUAAUUCUAUUACAAUCACAAUAUUAAAUUGACUUUAACAUACUUGGUUUAGUGGCAUGGAGCAGUAUUGUCACUGUAUGAUUUUGAGCUCUGUAGCUCACACUGAUAUGCAAACAGCUGGCUCUAUGGACAAGGACAUAAAUGGACCCUAAUACACACACACUGGGUUGGUUUCCAGGCAACAGGGACCUUUCUAACCAUGGGUCCCUGAAAUGCCCUCAGAGUCACAUGGUAAUCUGUACACACAGAUCUGCAGUCAGUACCUAGUCUGUUUCCCAAAUGACACCCUAUUCCCUAUAAAGUCUACUGCUUUUGACUAGGGCCCAUAGGGCUCUGGUCAAAAGUAGUGCCCUAUAUAGGGAAUAGGGUGCCAUUUGGGAUGCACAACAAGUCAAUAAUGGCAUCCAAAUAUCCUCGUUACCUGAUCCCAAAUCACUGCAGUGGGUCACGUUUGAGCAUUUGUUUUUGAUAUGUACGUAAUUGAUUUACUUAUUUCAUCAUUCACUGUUUAUUUUUUUGAAGUGUCCUUGUAAUGUUGCAUAUUUGAAUCAUUGUGAAGCAGGUGAUUUUAACUUUCCCACAUGUUGCUUAUAUUUUUAUGCUAAAUGUUUGUUUUUUAUGGUUUUCAACCCAGUUGUCAUCACUUGGCAUGUUGGUUGUGGUAUAAAUACACAAAUACGUUUCAUUUUAAUUUCUUAACGCUUUGAAAGAAUAAAGGUAAUUGUGCUCGUGCCAAAUUUUCAAUGCAAUGUCUUUAACACUGUUGAGGUAUAUGGCGCACUUCCAAGUCCUUGCUGCGAUCGGAUUGGUGAAACCAUUUUGGAUGUCGUAGAACAACAUUGGCUGGAUCAGCCAGUGCCAUGGGGUGCAUCUCAAACAUCUAAAUUGGCUUCCUCUGCUUAUUUCCUCCUUUUGUGUUGAUGUGAAAGUACUGGACAGGUGAAAGCAACCCCCUUGAAUACAACCUCAAUAUAGCUUACAGUGAAGUGUAAAUUAAGAAGAGACAAAUAGGGAAGCCAUUUUAGACUAUUGAGAUGCACCUCUGGGUUUUGGAGAGGUUUUGGAGAGGCAAAUAACUUAGAGGGGGCAAACUGAGGAUGAACUCAGCACAGUAUAGUCGGCAGAUUAAAGGUGUAUAGUAAUUGUUGCUUUAAAAUUACUACAUGUUACUAUUGGGUGUUUUUUAUGUCUGGCCUCCUGAGGCUCGGGUGCCAUUUCUGGUGAUGUUUGGAACGGUUUUGUUUCUUCAACCCGCUGAGACGUGGGUUUUUAAAGCACUUUCAGCCUUGCUAUGCCAUAGAUUCCUUGAGCUUCUCUAGUAGUGCAACUGUGUUGACAUGAACAUGAUGAAUCUACAGAGGGGCAUUUCACCUAGCCUGGUUAAUGAGGAAUGCUGCUAACAUACUAUUCUAAUUUAAUUUUGAAAUUCAUAGACUGAGGUGUAACUGAGGUGUAACAGAAGAAGGGUUAGUACCACUUCAUAUUGACCCUGUUUUAAGUCAGGCUCUCUUUCUAAGCCAUUAAAUCCUAAAUUGUUCAAGUUAGUGUGACAAAUAAUGGAUCAAGCUCAAUGAAAUAUCCCUCUGAUAGCCUUUAUAGCCAUGCUUUGGAGACCGGAGACACAGACAAUGAAAACAAGUGUAAGUGCUGCCAGGGUGCCUGAAUAUAGCCCUGGACACCUGGACAGUUACAGUUUAAAGUAGAAUGAGUUCCUCAAUCAAGGGGAAAUUACUGGAAAGAUUUCUUGAGAGUAGCCAUGACCACAGGUUUAGGCACCAGCCCAAAUGUUGUAAUGCAACAAAAUGGAGCCCUUUAAAGAGAGGCUUAAAAAAAAAGUUUUAUCUACACCCUAUGUAAAUCAUCAGGGAUUGUAAUUCUUAUUAGUUUUGCUACAUUUAUUCAUCCUAUUACAUUUCUUUGCUUUAGUUCUAUGCUCUCUCGGUUGACUCAGAAAUCCCAGACCUAAGUGGGAAGCAACCCGUCUGACUACUCUCAAAGCCUUUUUAUUUUCAUGUUUACAAGUUAACCUUGUCAUUUAAUCCCCUUAAUUUAUCUGAAAGGAACUAUUUUACCCCAAUACUCCUGAGUGGCGCAGUGGUCUAAGGCUCUGCAUUCCAGUGCUAGAGGCGUCACUGCAGACCCUGGUUCAAUCCCUUGCUGUAUCACAACCGGCUGUGAUCGGGAGUGCCAUAGGGUGGCGCACAAUUGGCCCAGCGUCAUACGGGUUUGUCCGGGGUAGGCUGUCAUUGUAAAUAAGAAUUUGUUCUUAACUGACUUGCCUAGUUAAAUUUUUUAAAAGUGGUUUUGUUUUUUCCUUUCCUCCUUCCUGUUUUAUUUGCCCAUGUACCUCUGUUGUCAUGUUUUAUGGGAUGGCUAUAUGGUACCUGAUUGCUGAUCAUUUUUAAUUCAAUGUGAUUGAUGCGAAUAAAUAAAUCGUUUAUUUCUGA